AUGAUUGGCGACAAACCCCAAUCUGCUCAGUCUCCAAUCCCCUCAGUGGCUCCACACGAGCACCACCCUCCUCUCACCACUUCUCAAGAUGACAUGACUGGCGACAAUACGGAGUCUGCUCAGUCUCCAGUCCGCUCAGCGAUCUCCCAUGAUGGUUCGGCGGCAUACUACUUCGAUGUUCAAGCGCCGGAGGAAGAAUCAUCUUGCAAAGCUGGCUCUCUCGGCGAUCAGAGAUAUGUCGGAUACAACGAUGCACCGCCUCCCUAUGCCACCCUAGAGACGAGUCAUUUUAACACAACGAACACAGACGCCCACAACCGCGCGAGUGUUUCUGUUGAACAUACAAGCCCGUAUCUGAAUGUCUCUCCGCUUCUAUGCAAUACGAGGGACGCUGUGACUACAGCUGCGUCUCAGAGCGACGAUAUCGAAGCUAGGACUGUCGAAUUCUUCCGUGCCAGAUUUCUAUCGGAAUUGCCCGUGUAUCCUCGCUACUCGUUCAACCCUGCGUUGAACGCUCAACCGCCGGGGGGUCUAACGACCCCAGAACUCUUUGAUGCUCGGAGAAAAUCCCAAAUUGCCGCUAAAGCCAAGUCCCGAGCUGAGGAGCGAGCACGUGCCGAAGCUCGGCGUCGUCGGGCUGUAUACAACACCCAACAGGCUGGAUAUCACCCUGUGGCUACAUUCGAGGACGGGGAACCAGUGCUGGCUCCCUCUGGGGCCACGAGCGAUUAUUGGGACCGUUUCUGGGACUGGUUUGGCCGUUUCAUUGGAAAUGGGUAG